UGCUCUCAGAUUCACGGGAGGCUGGUGGAGGUGAAGGACUGGGGCGCUCCACGUCAGAGGCAAAAUAAAAAACAUGAGUAUCAACUCUCCGAGUGGCCGGGCCCUCACCGAGGACCAGUUCACCUGCUCCAUAUGCCUGGAAAUAUUUGUGGAGCCCGUAUCUACACCCUGCGGUCACAGCUUCUGCAAGGCCUGCCUACAGGGCUACUGGAACCACAGCAAGAAGUUCUCGUGCCCCAUGUGCAAGAAGAGCUACUCCAGAAGACCAGAGAUGAGCGUCAACCGGGUCCUGGCCGAAAUAUCCUCUCAGUUCCAGGGUCUGGUGAUCUCUGGUGGUGCCUCGGGAAACCCCUCACGAGGGGGCUCAAUGACUAUGAGCUCAGACCUGGGUCACAGCAGCUCUCCAGCGCAGGACACCGGAGAGUUCGCCCAACCCGGCGAUGUUCCAUGCGAUGCCUGCAUCGGAAGGAAGCUGAAAGCUCUGAAGUCUUGCGUGAACUGCCCUGGAUCCUACUGCGAGGCCCAUUUGAGGCAUCACAAGAAGGUCAAGACUCUGACUUCACAUUGUCUGAUUGAACCCACCUUCCACCUGGAGGAAAAGAUCUGCAAGAAACACGAACGCCUCCUGGAAGUGUACUGCUGCACCGACCACACAUGCAUCUGCAAGGCUUGCGCCGAGGUCACACACAAAUCCCACGACAUCAUUUCCGUCGACCAAGAGUUUAAGAAAAAGAUGACCAAUCUGGGAAAGAAGAGGUCAGUGUUGAAAAACUUAAUCAAAGAACGAGCCAAGAAACUGGAAGAGAUCAAGCAAUCCAUCAAGGUCAUCAAGGCCAGCUCUCAGAAGGAGCUCGAGGACAGCUGGCAGGUGUACGGCGCACUGCAGAAGCUGGUGGAGCAGAGUCAGGCUGAGAUGGUGGAGCUGAUCACCGCAAGGGAGCGGGAGGCGGAGCGCCACGCCCAGGAGCUGGCCAGGAGUCUGGAGAACGAGCUGAGCCAGCUGAGGAGGAGGAGCAAUGAGCUGGAGGCCCACGCACACACCAAGGACAAAGUGGUCUUCCUGCAGAACCUGGCCACGCUGUCCCACUCGCCGGAGCACACCGAUUGGUCGGGGGUCAGCAUAAACACCGAUAUCUACCUGGGAACGCUCCGCUCCUCUGUCAGCGGCCUCAUCGAGAAAUUUCAGGACGAGCUUAAGAGGCUUUACGCAAAAGAGAUCCGGAAGGUGCAAAACUAUGCCAGUGAAGUUGUUUUGGACCCGUCCACAGCCCAAAAGAACCUGGUCGUUACUCAUGAAGGUCAGCAGGUCAAAUACGAAGAGCACAAGGUUUCCCUCUCCGAGGGUCCGAAGCGCUUCAACCCGGCCCUCUUCGUCCUGGCCCGAGAGAGCAUCCACUCCGGCCGCCACUACUGGGAGGUGGAAGUCGGGCGCAAGACGGCCUGGACGCUCGGCGUGGCGUGCGCUACGGCUCGUCGCAAGGGCGAAAUCAAGCUGAACCCUGAGGGCGGCUACUGGUGCCUGUGGCUGAAGAACGGGGAGGUGAAGGCGCUCGCUGAGACUCGCCUGCCACUGGCGCUGAUGUCCCAUCCCAGCAAAGUAGGACUUUUCUUGGAUUACGAGGCCGGCCAGCUUUCCUUUUACGACGUGAAGGCACGUCAGCACCUCUACACUUUCAUGGAUAAGUUCAACGAGAGCGUGUACCCGAUCUUCAGCCCCUGCCUAAGCCAGGACGGGAAGAACAACUCUCCUUUGAUCAUAACACAAGUUAAGCACAGCUGGGGGAGCUGGAGGUGGCAGUGGUCAAAGCUGGUCUCAGAUAUCAGCGCACAGCGGAGUCUUAAGGCAGCUGCUACUUGCAGGUCUGGUGCCCCAUUCAAAGGCUGGUUGCUUUCGCUGAAAAUGACCCUGCCUCUCCGCCGUGCAGGAAUGGCCACCACUGGGAACCUGUCUGAAGAGCAGGUCCACUGCUCCAUCUGUCUGGACGUCUUCACCAACCCCGUGUCCAUCCCCUGCGGGCACAACUUCUGCCAGACCUGCAUCCUGGGAUACUGGAAAACCAGCCCUCUGUAUCAGUGUCCCAUGUGCAAGAAGUCCUUCCACAAAAGGCCCGACAUCAGUGUGAACACGGUGCUGAGGGAGAUUGCAGAGCAGUUCAAGCAGAUAAGAGUCAAGACCACUGAAGUGAAGGGAAGUGAGGAAGAAAGCACAGUUAAAACCAAGAAGUGGACAAUGGAGAGGAAGGUGAAGGAGGACGAGGAGAGGCUUCUGGAGAAAGGUCAGAUGCAGAACCUUAUGGAGGAGCUGAAACAAAAGCAAGAAGAGAAGAAAAAGAAGCAGGAAGUGAAGGAGAGUCAAGGGGAGGAGCUGCCGCCAUUAAUCCCUCCAGUUUUGCCAUCUAAAACCUCUCCUCCACCGUCGCCUCAAGACUCAGCUCAAGCUCUACCACGAGAAACAUCACCUCCACCUUCACCUGAACCAACUUCCCCUGUACUUCCUCAAACUUCCCCAAUAUCCCUGACCCCUCCUCUACUGUGGGAGGAAGUCCUGUGCGAUGUUUGUUUGGGGGAGGGCCGCCCCAAAGCCGUCAAAUCUUGCCUCGUGUGCCUGACCUCUUACUGCGACGAGCACCUCAAGUCUCACUCCACCAGGUUCACCAAGCACAAGCUGAUGGAACCGGUGGCCAACAUGGAGGACAGGAUGUGUCCCAAGCACGAGCGGCUGCUGGAGCUCUUCUGCAAGAAAGACCAGACCUGUGUGUGUGUGCUCUGCACAGAGACAGACCACAGGGCACAUUACACCGUCCCUGUGGAGAGAGAAUGGACUGAGAAGAAGGCGCUGCUGAAAAAGACAGAGAUAGACGUCCAGCAGAUGAUCCAAGACAGAGUGAAGAAGGUGGAGGAGAUCAAGCACUCUGUGGAGCUCAACAAGGUCAGCGCUCAGAGAGAGAUUGAGGAGAGCAUGCAGGUCUUCUCUGAGCUGGUGCGCUCCAUCCAGAAAGCUCAGGCCGAGCUGGUCAUGGUCAUCGAGGAGAAGCAGAGGCAGACGGAGAUGCGGGCCGAGAGCCUCAUCGCCGAGCUGGAGCAGGAAAUCUCGGAGCUCAAGACGCGGCACACGGAUUUGGAAAAUGUGAACAGGACUGACCACAUUCACUUCCUGAAGAGUUUUCCGGCCUUAAGCGCGACCCCAUCUGUUAAAGACUGGUCUGAAACCAGUGUUCCCACAGACACAUGCGUUGGGAUGAUCAGGAGAUCUGUGUCUAAACUGGAGACGACAUUAAGUGAAAUGAUUGACAAGCUGUCCGCAAAUGAGAUUAAGAAAAUUCUGAAAUAUUCAGUGGACAUCACACUGGACCCAGACACAGCCAAUCCAUGGCUCCAGCUCUCUCAGGACAGGCACCAGGUGAGGCAUCUGGGGGCCUGGCAGGAACUCCCGGACCACCCUGACCGCUUCGACACCGUGGUCAUCGUACUAGGCAGAGAUGGCUUCACUUCAGGCAGACACUACUGGGAGGUCCAGGUGGGAGAUAAGGAUGACUGGUACCUAGGUGUGGCCAAGUCUUCGGUCAAAAGAAAAGGUAGGAUCUCUGUGAGCACAGCCCAGGGUUACUGGGCUCUGGCCAUGAAGAAAGGCCAGGGCUAUCGAGUGUCAACGUCGCCACCACUGGUGCUUUCACUCGACCAGAAGCCAAAGAGAGUAGGUGUGUACGUGGACUAUGAGGAAGGACAAAUCUCUUUUUACGACGUGAGAGCACGGAUCCAUAUUUACACUUUUGAGGAUGCCUUCAUGGAUAGGAUCCUGCCGUUUUUUUACCUGUACUGCUGCGACAAAGCCUCCGACACAAUGGCCAUCUGUCCAGUGCAGGAGAAAAGCCUCAUCUAGUAAAACUCAGGACACACUUCAUUAUGUAAAUGAAAAUCCUGGUAUAGACUGGAUUUCUGACGCACACCCAGUUUUUUAAAAACUGCAGUUUCAUGUAUAAAUGCUGGGUGUAAUACAAAGGGUUGGACAGAAACGGUCAAUUGGGGUGUAUUGUGUAAUGUGUUACAACAAACGUGACACACUAGAAUGUGUCUCGUGUUUAUGGCGAGAGCUGACAUUUUUCUGUCUCCCAAUCAUCCCACUGUGUUGUGUGAAGUGAUUAUAUCCAACCCAACUAUAACAUAACAUUGUACUAUGGACUUACAGCUGAAGGGAGCCCAGGAAUGGUGUGGUACAAGUCGCUUGUACGCACAGGCGAAGGUGGUAGCACUCAAAGGAAAUUGCGCAAAAGUUACUUUCUAAAAGGCUUGUCAAUCAAAAGCUUGUUUGUCUGCAAGAGCUUAACAUGCUGUGCAAAAUACUUUUGUACAAAGUUUGAAGUACACACACACACACACACACAUUUGCCACGUUUUUAUGUUUUUACGUUGUUUUCAGAAACUGCUUAAGAAAAAUAAAAUUUUGAAAAAUAUAUCUACCAGCCACUUCUUUAGAUACACCUGUUCAGUUGGAAAAUGGAUUCAAAUCAAACUUUGGUGCAGUUGUUGUUGCCAGACAGGUUGGUAGGAGUAUUUCAGAAACUACUGACAUACUAGGACUGUUACUCAAACUAUUUAAAGUGUUUGCAAACAAUGGUCUGAAGACAGAGGUUUGAUUUCAGCUGCUAAUAGAAAAGCGAUGGCCUAAAUAAGCACUUGCUACAACUAAGGGGGUCUUUGAUGAACCUAAAGGCAGAUAAGCCCCAGCAGCAGAAAACUACACUCGAUGACACUCCUGUAAGCGAGGAACAAACAGCUGAGGAUGUAGUUCACACAGGCUAACCCCAAUGGGAAAGGAAUAGAAAAGAAUGUUGACUUGCCCAUUGACUAAAUUUUAAGCUGCGACUUUCAAGUGGUAGCAGUUAACAUGAAAGCAUGGAUCCAUUUUAUGAAAAUUUCAAACUGCUGAUGGUGGAGUUAAUGGUGUGGUGGCUGUUUUCUCAGCACACUCUGGUUCCAUUAGUACCAGAUGAACAUUUUUGAAGGGUAGCAGGAUAAUUCCUCAUGUCAUAAAACUCAAAUCUUCUCUGGUUUAGUGAACAGAAUGAGGAGUUACUGAUCCCUAAUGGCCCAAUCCAUUAGGGAUUUGUAUUAUGGAUGUACAGCCAACAGGUCUGCAUCAAUGAUGUUGAUCAUGUAAGUUUGGACUGAAACUCAUUAUUUCUAACUAGUGCAAAACUAAACUCCCCCCGCCCCCUUUAAGUGGAAGACGGUGGGUUUUUUCUACACCUGUUGGUGUCCUACUCACUCAAGUCAAAAAGUCUGCUGUGAAAUGCAGGCCUGUUACUACAUGACACAGCUUGAUGAACUGGCUCUGGGGUUUAACACUUUCCAUUUCCUGGUCAAAAUAUUUGCUUUAGCAGGAAGGAGAUUAAUUUGCAAUCAAUAUGGAGUUCCAUAAAACCAUAGAAGAAAAAAAAAUUUGCUCAAAUCACCUAAAUAAAUUCUACAUGCUGGAGUUUGUGAAGUGAAACUUGCGUGUUCUGAGCUGAUGCAAUGAUGUUACCAAUGUCUGGCACAAACCAUGGAAAAGGUUUAGUCAAACCUUAUAUUUGGUGUUAAAUGAACGGGAAAUAAGAUGUACAUUCCAGAUGACGCAAUGACAGAAUUUUAUUUUUUACAUGAUCCCAGGUGUUGUGCUAAGCUAACAGGUGUCUGGAGAUUAUACAAUGUGAAGUUUACCGUUUUUCAAUUUGAAUUCAAUUCAGUUAUUGCAUGUGUGCCAUUAAAAGUAAAGUUCUGUCUUGACCCGUUUGGUCGUAACUUUAAAAUCUGUAGGAUGUAAGAGAAAGAUGUAAAACAAUAAAUGCUCUCCAGAACACCA